ACGCUCGGUCUGUCAGUGAUUAACAGUGCCUCGCCUAGAUUUAGAGCUAAUUAAUUUAAAAUAGUUUUUGCUUAAAUUAAAUUACUAAGUAAUUCAAGAUGAUUCUAUUGCUUAUAACAUUGUUAAUUCCGGCCAGUCUCGUAGUGAUCUUUAGGUUUAUAAAUGCUAAGCAUAAUCAACCGAUUUUUGGAGUUUAUCAAGUAAAAAAUAAAUAUUACUGGUUUAAAUUAAUAAUAAUGUUUAUCAUUCUGAAAAUGAGGCAGCUAGUGGCUCAUAUAAAGCACUUGAUGGCCAUUGAAUUAGGGGAAAGUUCAGAUGGCACUAUUCACAUCCACAACGACGAAAUUCGCUUGGAGGAGAAAUAUUUUCUAGGAGACAAUCCUAAGGCGAUAGAUGGAGUUUAUUUUAAUGGAAUGACCCGGAACGGAACUGCUGUGAUUUGCGGAAUUGCACGAAGGGCUGGACAUGUUUGUGAUGCUUUCUUAUAUUUAAAGGUUGAAAAUGAAGAGCUCCUACUGUCUCCAUGUCUCCCUGAUACGUACCAGGUACAAACAGUCCACGAAGCGGGAGAGUACAAGAUACAAGGGCUAGAGAUCAUCAACUACAUUCCCAUGCGAGCUUGGCAUGUCUCUUAUAAGGGCGAAAUGAAACUUCGCAGUAACCCAGAGAAACUUGUCAAGGUGGAGCUGCAAGCCACCUGGAGUGCACGCUGGUCUCCCUUUAACUACGACACUCAAAUGUCUGCACUUUGCAUGGCUAAAGACAUUGCAAGAGAGCAAUGGUCCCGGGACUACUUCAAAACGCUGAAAAAAUUACACCAAACACAUUAUGAACAAAUGGGUUUCCUAAAAGGCACAGUAACUAUCGAUGGCAAAGAACACACUUUGAACACGCCAUGUGUGAGAGACCACAGUUUUGGACCCUUCCGUGACUGGAAGACAUUCCACCGCUAUGUCUACCAUUUUAUUUUCCUCGACAAUGGUGAUUGCAUGGCAAUUGGAAUCGUUUCGCAGCCAGCUAUUUUGUCGCAUCUUACGAUUGGAUACGUUUGCCGCCACUCUGAUGGCAGCGUGUUUCCGAUCCAGUCAUGCGAUUUUAAACUUUAUCAGCACGGAGAAGGGCAAGUGCUUCCAAAAGACUACGGAUUUCUGUACAAAGCUGAUGGCAAGAUAAGUUCCGUUCGAGUGCAAGUGAAAGAUGAAGAAACAUUCUACAUCGGUAAAGACAGGGUUUCGAAAUUCUACGAACGCUGGUGCGACGUUGAAAUCGACGGAGUCAAGGGCUGCGCUUGCGUCGAAUGGCAGUACAAUAAUGUAGUAAAAUCGUAGAAAAAAUGUAGAUAAGAUAUACUUACGCCCGUAUUCACAAACGAUACUUGCUUAAGUGAAGCAGCAAAUCGAACGCACAGCGUUGAAUAGAGUUCUGUGAUUGGUUAAUGUGUGAUCCUGUGCGGCCACGCGCACUGUGGGACCUCAUAGUAAUGUUUGUGAAUACGGGCGUUGGUCAAUAAGUAGUUUGUAUAGUCGACCGCACAUCAUACUAUGCCGGGCAGGGAUCGCCAACCUUUUUGUGAUGGUAAAGCGAAAGUAAAAAUUGUUUGAAAAAAAUCCAGAUUUCAAAAGCCACUAAAACUUUCAUUUCGCAUUUUAUGUUAUGCUUGAUGUACCUACCGUCGACUGUAUGUAUCAAUUUUUUGGUCAAGUAUCAAAAAUAAUAGUCUUUUUAGCGAGAAAGAUAACUAUAUUUAGCGUAACAUUUCAAUAACUUAGGUUGUAAAACUUAUGUUUAUUCAUGAAAUAUAGACAGGAAAAUAUAUCAAUGCUACAACAACUUCAGCUAGCACUCGCUGGCGAAAUUAAAUUCACAUAUGAACACAGUAAUAGAUAUAUUACUGCGUAUGUCAUAUUUUAACAGUAGAGAAGUUAAAAGUAAUAUAUAUUAAGUUUAAUUUGUUGUCUUCAUAGAGUCAAAGAGUGUUUGUGAUUUUAGAGGAUGGAUCAAUUAAUUUGCAUUUUGUAUUGUCUAAUACAAUUCAGCAAGUGCUUGCCUUUAAAAGAUAACAUGUCAUUUUUUAAG